AUGGUGAAGGAAGCGAAAGAUGAUUCAUCAAUUCAUAAGUGCUUAAUUGUGGGGAAUUACUGUCACGACGUAUUGAUAAAAAACGACGUCGUAAUAGCGGAGUCACUCGGCGGAGCGGCGUCGUUUAUCUCCGCCGUGUUCGACGGUUUAUCCAUUUCCUCCGACUACAUUUCCAAAGUGGGCCCCGAUUUUGCUUACGCCGUUAAUCACCGUCCGAUUAUCACUUCGCCGUCAUCCAAAACCACCGUUUUCCACGCCUAUUUUUCAACGGAGAAUAAACGGCAAGAUCGGAUUCUAAAACGGGUCACUGCAUGUGACCCGGUAACUCCAUCGGAUCUUCCGAAUUCGAAAUUUGAUUUUGGUUUAGCUGUUGGUGUUGGUGGGGAGAUUUUACCCGAAACGCUUGAGCGAAUGAUUGAAAUUUGUAAGGUUGUGUUUGUAGAUAUCCAAGCUUUAAUUCGGGUAUUUGACCCGGUUGAUGGAACGGUGGAACUUGUACAUUUGAAUCAAACCGGGUUUUCGCCUUUAUUGAAACGAAUCGGGUUUUUGAAGGCGUCUGCAGAGGAAGCACCAUAUGUGGAUGUAGAGGAAGCGAGAAAAUGGUGUUGUGUUGUAGUGACAAAUGGGAAAGAAGGGUGUACAGUGUAUACUAAAGACGAUGAAUUGCCAAUUGCGCCUUUUCCAGCAUUUCAAGUUGAUCCAACUGGAGCUGGGGAUAGUUUUCUAGGAGGUUUAGUUGCAGGGCUUGUUAAUGGAUUAGCAAUUCCAGAUGCUGCAUUGCUGGGGAACUUUUUUGGAUCAUUGACUGUUGGACACAUUGGGCUUCCCAAGUUCGACUCGCGAUUGGUACAGAAAGUGAAGGAUGAAGUGUUAAAAAGAAGUUUGCAACAUUUUGGGUCCCAUGAGAAACAGGAGGAUGAACCAAAGAGAUUGAAGCCAGUAGAUCAUGAAGAGUUCCUAGCAGCUCUCAGUGCCGCCAAGGUGGUACCAGCACAUUCUAUCAAAGACUGUAAGUGGGACUUACAUAGCUCUACCGGAGCAUUGGAACAACCGAUCAGCAAUGGUCAUCAGAGAUUAUCACUUAACGCUGUAUGUGAAGAACCAAUUAAUUCAGUUGAUACUAAACCUUGA